CUAUCCCUCGGCUUUCGGAGCGAGACUGCGUUUUCAGUGCCACCACAAUCCCAACAUAAAAACAUAGGUCGUGAAAAUAUUUCAUUUUUUAGUGGUGGUAAAAGUGUUUUGACUUUUCAGGGUCUUAAAACUCGACUCAUAGAUUAUUUUUAUUGUAAUUGUCAUUAAAAUUUUCUGUUUUGACAUUUCGAAAACGAAAUGAUCAAUAAUUGCUAUUAUUUACUUAUAACAUAUUGUUGACAAUUGUUUUAAUCAAUAACAAUGAAUUCGGAGAAUGACGUCUGCUGGUUUCAUGGUAAAUUGUCUCGUGAAGGUGCUGAGUUUCUACUGAAUAAUGGCAAUAAUAAAGAUGGAACAUUCUUAGUGAGAGAAAGUAGCACCUCAAUUGGUGAUUAUGUUUUGUCUGUUUUAUACGAUCAAGAGGUCAUUCACUAUCAAAUUAGAAAACACAAAGAGGAUGCUUUUUUUUGUAUAGAAGAUAAUACUCCACCUCUUCAUGGACUGGAAACAUUAAUAGAGCAUUAUCGAAGAGACAAGUAUGGAUUGGAAGUAAAGCUAGGAAAUAGUUGUAAAGGUGAUCCUCCACCUCCUGAUACACGAAGACAUGGUAGAACAAAUCUUUUACAUCGAGCUACUGGAGAAGGAAAUUAUACUAUUGUUUCGGAGCUCCUUAAAUGUGGAUAUCGUAGUCUAGACGCUAAAAAUGAACUUGGACAGACUGCAGUACAUUUAGCGGCCAAGGAUGGAACUGAUGAUAUUUUAAGAAAACUUAUUGAUAGUAAAGCUAGUGUAAAUUGUCGUGAUUCAGCAGGAUAUACCCCUCUCCACUAUGCAUGCCAAAGUAACUUACCCAAUACCGUCAGAAUUCUUGUUCGAGGCGGAGCAAAUGUCCAGGCGAGGCACACAGACACGGGUAUGGUACCCCUUCAUGAAGCAGCUGCUGCGGGUCAUAAGGAAGUAAUACUUGCACUGUUGUCGAUGAAUGCACCAGUUAAUCCUAGGACAAUAGACGAUGAAGUGCCACUUGAUCUUGCCAAAAGAAAUGGUCAUCAUGAAUGCAUAGAAUUACUAAGUAAUUAUAAGACUCCAGCGUCAAAAGAAAAAAGUUCAGACUGGUAUCAUGGAACUUUAAGUCGUCCUGAAGCUGUAGCACUUUUGCAUGAAAAUGGAGAUAAAGACGGAAGCUUUUUAGUCCGAUUUAGCGAUCGCAGGCCAGGAAAUUAUGUUCUUACAGCUAUGUAUCAUGGUCGAGAUUUUCAUUUUCAGAUUCAAAAAAAGGACAAAUACUUAUUUAUUGAUAAUGGGCCGUACCUUGAUUCAUUGGAGCACAUCAUAGAGCACUAUCGAUCGAUGCCAGAUGGAUUACGUGGCCCUCUUGUUCAUGCAAUUCCUCCAAAGCCAAGACCACCUGUCCCCGAAAUGCCUCCCUCCAUUUUCAACGGUAAUACAUUGACUAAAAGAAAUAAAGACACUCUUACAAAAAAACCAAUAGCACAGCCCAGAACAGAAAUACCAUCUCAAUCAUAUUUUCAAAAUAUUUCUUUUCAAAUGGAUAUUAAACCAAAAAUGAAUAUCGUACCACCUCUACGGCCUUCUGUAGAUAGCAAUACAAAUUCAACGGCGACUGUUUCCCAUGUUCACGAUUUUAUUCCGGGGGAAAAUUUAAUUCUUCGAGAAGUUCUUGGAGAGGGAGAAUUCGGUGCAGUGUACGAGGGUGAAUACGAAACUCCAUCCGGUAAGACUGAGACGGUAGCAAUAAAAACUCUGCGGGAUUCACAUAAUAAUGUUACGAGAGAAGAAUUCCUUCGUGAAGCUCAACUUAUGAUGAAUUUAAACCAUCACUGCAUCGUUAAAUUAAUUGGCUUUUCCGAAGGACCCCCUAUGUUGAUGGUUCAAGAGCUCGUGCGAUUGGGAUCAAUGCUAGCAUACCUCCUCGAGUUUCCUGAUAGAAUCAAUCCAAAUUGUGAGUUGAAAAUAUGGGCGUCACAAAUUGCUUGUGGAAUGAAGUACCUUGAAGAAUUGAGACUCGUUCACCGAGAUUUAGCUGCUAGAAAUAUUUUAUUAGCUUCUCGACAUCAAGCUAAAAUAAGUGACUUUGGUUUAUCAAGGACUUUUGGUUCUAACGAUUAUUACAAAGCCACUCAAGGUGGAAAAUGGCCUAUUAAAUGGUAUGCUCCUGAAUCUUAUAACUUUGGGACAUUUUCGCAAGCUAGUGACGUCUGGAGCUUCGGAGUUACUUUAUGGGAAAUGUAUUCAUACGGAGAACAGCCUUAUGGAAAUCGUCGAGGAGUAGAUGUCAUUAAGCUGAUUGAAACAGGCGAACGUCUUUCUAAGCCAGAAGAUUGUCCAGAUCAUAUCUUUGAAAUGAUGCAAAAAUGUUGGUCUUAUCAUCCUCAUAAUCGUCCGACAUUUGCAGAAUUAUUUGAAUUUUUCAGUACUGAUCCUGAUUAUGAAAAUUUAAAAGAUCUCGUUGCGAACGUGAAUAUCAGCUGAUAAACUAAAUGUAACGUUACAGUAUAAAUGACUUCACUUUUAAAUAUAAAACAGUAAAAUGCAUGUUUUAUCAAUCAUACGACUAUUAAGAAAUUUUAAUUCGUGAUUUUAAUUAAAGAAUACGUAUGUAUUAUCUUUCUUUUAAAUGAGGACUAACUAUUUCGGAUAAAUAUAUGAAUAAUGUUAUAAGACAAAUUGUUGAUAAAAUGAAUGUGGGAUAAAUGUUAAAGUUUUGAAUGUAAAUUGAAUCUAUUUUUAACUAUUUUUAUACCAAAAUUAUAAUGCAUUCAAAUUUUAUAUUUUAUUAUAAAUAAUGAAAUAGUUAUAAUAAUGAUGUUAUAGGAAAAUGGUGCCAAUAUUAUGUGCCAUUAGAAUCGUCGCAUAUUUGUCGAAUUUUUGUGUACAUAUCAAAAUAAACAACAUAACUAUCAUGAAUGAUAGAUUUGUGCGGUAAAUAAUAAUAAUAGACAAUGAAAAAGAGAGUGACAAAUUUAUUUUAUCAUUAUAAUCGCAGUUUAUCAUAAAAAAAAAUCAUAGAUAAUGCAUUUAUUAAAUACAUAUGAUAACAAAAUACACAAAAAGUAUAAUUAUCAGUUUCUGAUUAUGUUUUAAAUCAUUUGUAUUCGUAAUACCUCAUACUUCCAUAUGCAUAAACUAUCGAUUAACGAUAAAAUUAAUUAGUCUAAGGCCAUUGGUCAUAUUACUUUUAAUAAUCGACAUGUAUGGAAUUUCUUCGAAUAAUUAUCUCACUUUAUCUCAAGAAACGGUUUUUAUCACUAUAGUUGAUUUUGUUUUGUAAAAAAGUUCCAUAUAAUUCUAUAUUUUUCUUCUAUUUUUUCAUCUUUGUUGCAAUAAGAAAAAAAAGUCUAAAAAACAUAAACUUAAAGGACAAUUGUAAAAAUCGUAACUUAUUAAAAAAUAUUGUAAGCUUAUAAAAAGUUUUUUUAUUUGCAUUUUAAGAAGAAAGCUUUUUGAAUGAGUGAAUUUCUUAAAUAUUAUGAUAGUUCAAUGAUUUAUAUGACCAUGGCAAAUAUAUA